AUGCCCAAGAAGAAGAGUAAGGGAAGGAACCAGGACAGUUUGUUCGAAGAACUUGAAAGCGAAGGCCCUGCGUUUGUGGCAUCCACUGAAGAAGCAGAGGAGUUGUCGCCUAUGGGGAAAAAGAAACCAAAGAAGGGGAAAAAGGCUGACAUCAGCGUCGAUGAAGCUCCAGAGGCGACGAUCGGUGACGAAGAUGACUCCAACAUGACUUCUGGAUUGUCGAAAGGCGCUCACAAUGCAUUUGCAGGCUUGGAUGUAGACGAUGCAGAAAAUGGCACUGGUGAUGAUGGUUCCGAUAAUGGGAAUCCAGCAGUAUCAGCUGCCCCAACCCCCAAAGGCAAGAAAAAGAAGAAGAAGAAGAAGAACGUGGACAAUGCAUUUGCCCUCCUGGAUGCUGACAGUGAUGGAGAAGCCCAGGAUGAUCCGCAGCCAACUGUGGAGGAACCAGAUGAGCCUGCCACAAAGAUCUUGCCAAAGGAGAAGAAGCAAAAGAAGGGGAAAAAGAACAGAGGUCUGAAGUUCAUGGAGGGAGGCCUGGAAGAAGGCAUAACAUCGCCACAGUCCGAUGACACUGACAGGUCAGAUGGAAGGGUGCAGAAACAGAAGGGUGGCAAGGCAGAGUUGGCAUUUGCUGCACUGAUGCUCGAUAACGACGAACAAGCAGAAAGCGAUGGACCUAGUGUGUCUGAAGAAGAGAACAAGUCUCUCAAGCACCACCACAGCAGAACUCCAAGCUCUGCCUUUUCUGCUCUCAGCAUGGAUGAUGAAGACAAAGAGGAGCAAGAGACUCCAAAGGUUUCACCCCCCCCAGUGAAAGGGUCCAAGACCAAGACAUCUAAUAAUAGUGGGUUGGCUGAUGAUUUGCAAGGACAGGCUAGUGCACCUCACAGUGAGGAGGAUGCAGCAGCUUCUGGUGGUGCUGCAAUCAGACCCAAGGACAAAAAGAAAAAGAAGAAGGCCAAAGGAGGGAAGGGAGACAUUGAUGAUGUGUUUGCUGCACUUGACGAGGAAGACAAGGCUGCAGGCAGCACUGCAGACAUUUCGGCUGAGCCUGGUGAAGCGCCUCAAGGAAAGAAGAAGUCGACAGGAAGAAAGACAAAGGGGGAAGAAGACAUUGAUGCUCUCGUUGCUGAACUUGAUGGCAAAGCAGGUUUGCCAGAGGAAACAAAAGCAGGAAGAGGUCCAGAUGCCGCCUCUACUCUUGAACGUGACAACAGCACUGCAGAAUCCAAUGUGAUCCAACCGAUACCUGAUGAGCAGGGACCGUCCACCAGCAAGAAAAAGAAGAAGAAAGGAAAGGGUAACAAGAAGGAUGUUGAGGACAUCGACGCCAUUCUUGCUGAAAUUGAUGGUCCCAUUGCUGGGACAGAACACGUCAAGGAGGUAACAGAAACGAGUACCAUAGAGGUACCAGAAACACUAGCUCCUGCUUCAACUGAUGAAAGCCAAGCGCUUGGUGAGGAAGUUCAGGGAGACGCACAGGAAGGCACCAAGGAGCUGUCUGCAGCUCAAAAGAAGAAGCUAAAGAAGAAACAAAAGGAAAAAGAGAAGAAGCUUGCCAAGUCAUCUUCAACAGCUGUGGACGAGGAGUCAGUGGCAACAAAGCCGAAAGGUAAGGAUGGUAAGGUGCCACUUCACGUGCGACGUCUCCAGGAGGAAAUGGAGCGUCGCAGAUUGGCAGAAGAGCAAUUGAAAAAGGAGGAAGAAGAGAGGGCAAGGAGAGAGGAGGAGGAAAGGAAACGGGAGGAGGAGGCAGAGAUGCUGCGGAAAGAGGAGGCUGAACGGAAAAAGAAGGAAAAGGCAGAGAAGCAAAAGCAGAUGAAAAUCUUGGCAAAGCAGAGAGCAGAAGAGGAGAAAAGGGCUCGAGCACUUAAAUUACUGGUGAAGACGAACCAAAGUCAAGAAGAUGCUGAUGAGGCAAGAGCACGUGACAAGCUCAGCUAUGCUGAGAAAAAGAGACAACGAGCACUGGAAUUGGAGGCACGCAAGAAGGCAGAAGAUGAAGCUCGACUGCUUGCCCUGGAGGAGGAACGGAAACGAAAGGAGAAGGAGCGUAAAGAGGAGGAGGAAGAACAAAAAAGGCAAGCUGAACAGAAGACUAAAGAAGUUGAGGGUGUAGAUGAUUGGGAGCAAGCUGCAGACACAUGGGAGGACAUUGAUGAGGAUGCCCCUACUGGUGGUCAAGGGGAAAUGCAGACUGCAGGCAAUACUCCGGACAACGAUGCUUCCUCUUCCUCAGCUGAAGGCUCUGAAUCAGAAUCUGAGGAGGAGAGUUCCAGUGAAGAGGAGUCCACUUCAUAUGAGACAGACAGUGAGGAGGCGAAGGAGAGAAUGAUCGCAGAAGCCAAGCAGAAGAGGGCUGCAAGGGUUGAAGAGGCCAAGGCACAAGCUAGCGCAGACGAUUUGAGGUCGCCCAUUUGCUGUAUCUUGGGGCAUGUAGACACUGGGAAGACAAAGAUUUUGGACAAUGUCCGAAGGACCAAUGUGCAGGAUGGAGAGGCUGGAGGAAUCACACAGCAGAUCGGGGCGACCUAUAUUCCCAGUGAUGCCCUCCUCACUAGGACAGCAGACCUGAGAAAAGGAAGAGAAUAUGACAUGAAGGUUCCCGGGCUACUGGUCAUCGACACACCUGGUCAUGAGUCCUUCACCAACCUCCGUUCACGUGGAUCAAGCCUGUGCGACAUUGCCAUCCUUGUUGUGGACCUUAUGCACGGCCUGGAGCCCCAGACCAUGGAGUCUAUUGGCCUCUUACGUCAGCGCAAGACCCCGUUCAUUGUAGCCCUCAACAAAGUCGACCGGCUUAUCGACUGGAAGAUCACCAAUGAUGCCCCAAUUCGGGACUCACUGAACCGACAGAAGAAGCACACAACAACCGAUUUUGAGGACAGGCUGAAGUUUUGUACCACGCAGCUCAUGGAACAAGGACUUAAUGUGGCACUGUAUUGGAAGAACAAGGAUCCCAGGAAGUAUGUCAGCAUGGUGCCGACCUCAGCCAUCACUGGGGAGGGCAUCCCUGACCUGCUGCAGCUGUUGGUCAAGCUGACGACAUCGCUGAUGGCUGAACGUCUGAUGUUUCUGGCAGAGCUACAGUGCACAGUGCUGGAGGUCAAGGCCAUUGAAGGGCUGGGGACCACAGUCGAUGUGGUGCUGGUAAAUGGCAUGCUGAAAGAAGGUGACAAGAUUGUUGUAUGUGGAAUGGCUGGGCCCAUCACCACCACAAUCCGAUCAUUGUUGACACCGCAUCCACUGAAGGAAUUGCGAGUGAAAGGUUCAUACCUGCACCACAAGCAGAUUCGGGCUGCACAAGGAAUCAAGAUCUGCGCACAGGGCUUGGAGCGUGCAGUUGCAGGUACUGCCUUGUAUGGUGUGGGACCAGAUGACGAUGAGGAAGAGGCUAAGGCUUUGGCACAGGAGGAGAUGGAAGAUGUCCUGGGACGAAUUGAUAAGAGUGGUGAAGGGGUUUCUGUGCAGGCAUCCACCCUUGGAUCUCUGGAAGCCCUCCUUGACUUUCUGAAGUCCCCAGAGGUCAGCAUACCAGUGUCGGCAAUCGCAAUUGGGCCAGUGCACAAGAAGGACGUUAUUCGAGCGAAUGUGAUGAACGAAAAGGGACUGCAGAAGUAUGGUGUCAUAUUGGCAUUCGAUGUUCCUGUCAACCGUGAAGCUCGCGACGUUGCACAAGAACUUGGGGUCAGGAUUUUUACUGCUGACAUCAUUUAUCACCUGUUCGACCAAUUCAAAGCUUACAUGGAGGAGGUGAAGAAAGCAGAAAAGAUGGCUGCAAGGGAUGAUGCUGUGUUCCCCUGCAUUCUGAAGAUCAUACCAACCUGCAUUUUCAACCAGAAGGACCCCAUUGUCCUGGGCGUGGAGGUGGUUGAGGGGCAGGCAAGGGUCGGCACACCCCUGUGCAUCCCUGCCUCUUCAGGCAGAGCCGAAAUCAGCCUUGGUCGCAUUGAUUCGAUGGAGGUGAACCACAAGAUGGUCGAAGAGGCCAAGGCUGGAGAUUCUUUCGCUGUGAAGAUUAGGGCAACAAACUCUGAGGAGUCGGCCAAACUGUACGGCCGCCAUUUUGACCACAACGACGACCUCUACAGCCGCAUUUCGAGGGAGUCCAUCGAUGCUCUGAAGCAAUUCUUCAAAGACGAAAUGGAAAAGGAUGACUGGAGGCUCGUUGUGAAGCUCAAAUCCGUAUUCAAAAUCCAGUGA